GCCUAAUGUGGUGUCGUUGUUCAGCUUCUUUUGAUUAUUGGGAUGAGUAAAUACUAUGAAUGGUUCUCAUAAGUCGUUGGGAUGCGAGGAACUGGCUGGUGCUGGACUCUUUUCUGUUCACGAAUCCUUAAUUGGGAAUGGUGCAAGGGAGGUUGUCAGGGAAACAAAGAAGGAUUAUUUCUGGCCAGGGCAAAGGUGGAGGUUAGACCUCUGAAUAGACUAGGGGAGGGAAGGUACACGGGAUUACAAGCAGAUCCACGCCUUAACACGAAAACCAUUGUUUUGAAUGAUGGGAUCUACAAUUCGCUUAGAGGCUGAAAUCGAAAGUGUUUUGCAGUACCAAUAGGGAAUGACUUGCAGAUGCAGUCGAGAGGACGAGAAAAGCAUGCUUUGAUCUCCUUUUCUCUCCCAAUUGGUAUUAGUCUAUUCACAAUUUAGAUUAUAGCAUUGUAGUAACUGGCCGUCCUCAUUAGAAAAUAAUCAUGUACGAUACACAGUUGCCUUCAGCAUUCAAAAGUUGUUAAUGUAGGCAUAAUCUCUUUUGUAAUUUUGCUAAUGUUAUCGUUCUUAACAUUGAUUGGCCGAUUACCGGUUAAACAAUCAUCCCAACAGUUUUGAGUCCCGCCGCGCAGCGCGGGCAUUCCGUCCUAGUCG